AUGGGAGGGCUCUGGCGUCCUGGAUGGAGGCCCAUCGCUUUCUGUGGCUGGCGCUGGAUCCACCCUGGGUCUCCAACCAGGGCUGCAGAGAGGGUGGAGCCGUUUCUUAGGCCAGAGUGGAGUGGGACAGGAGGUGCCGAGAGAGGACUGAGGUGGCUUGGGACAUGGAAGCGCUGCAGCCUUCAAGCCCGGCAUCCAGCAGUGCAGCCGCCGCGGCGGCGUAAGAGCUCGAACCCUUUCACGCGCGCGCAGGAGGAGGAGCGGCGGCGGCAGAACAAGACGACGCUCACUUACGUGGCAGCUGUCGCCGUGGGCAUGCUGGGGGCGUCCUACGCUGCCGUACCCCUUUAUCGGCUCUAUUGCCAGACUACUGGACUUGGAGGAUCAGCAGUUGCAGGUCAUGCCUCAGACAAGAUUGAAAACAUGGUGCCUGUUAAAGAUCGAAUCAUUAAAAUUAGCUUUAAUGCAGAUGUGCAUGCAAGUCUCCAGUGGAACUUUAGACCUCAGCAAACAGAAAUAUAUGUGGUGCCAGGAGAGACUGCACUGGCGUUUUACAGAGCUAAGAAUCCUACUGACAAACCAGUAAUUGGAAUUUCUACAUACAAUAUUGUUCCAUUUGAAGCUGGACAGUAUUUCAAUAAAAUACAGGUCUAUAGUAAAGAGAUGUGGCAUCUGAUGAAAAGGAAGACAAGAAGAUGCGGCAGCCCUACAGACUACUUCAGGAAGCCCAGGAAGAAGAUGGCAUGGGUGAGUGACCAGGGCCCCCACCAUGGAACUCAGGGCCUGCCUAUACUGGGGCCCAAACAAUGUGCUUACUGGAAGCAGAAAGGAUGCUAGAAAAGGGAAUGUCCAAAUCACCCCCAGAGAGGGAAGAAAGAGGACAAGCCCGAGGUACCUGUUCCCUGUAACUGGACAAGAAACUGACGGAUGGGGACAUGGGACUCCCUGCCUGGCUCCUCAAAAUAAGAUCCACAUCUCCCCCAAGGAGCCCCAGGUUACACAGAAGAAGGGGGGCAACCAGUUGGAUUUUUUUUUCGUUUGUUUGAGACAGGGUCUGUGUUACCCAGGCUGGAGUGCAGCACCAUGAUCAUGGUGCACUGCAGCCUCCAACUCCCAGGCUCAAGCAGUCCUCCCACCUUAGCCUCUCAAGUAGCUGGGACUAAGGCAUACCUGGCUAAUUUUUUUGUUUGUUUGUGCAGACAAGGUCUCGUUAUGCUGUCAGGGCUGGUCUUGAACUCCUGGGCUCAAGUGAUCCUCCAACCUUGGCCUCCCAAAGUGUUGGCAUUACAGGCAUGAGCCACUGCACCCGGCCACCAGCUGAGUUUUUGAUCAACACUGUAGCCAUGUUUUCUGUGUUGAUCACUAAAAGUGGACCCUAUCCAGGAGGAAAUGUAUAUAAGGGGUGUGUCUCAUAAAUGAAAUAAAAGAUUCUUGGAGCCUCUGGUCCAUGAAAUAGUAUCUAAAACUUUGACUCAUUCUUUCUUCUGUUCCCCAAACGUCCCAUUCUCCUUUUGGGAAGAGACCUUCUGACUAAGUUUGGAGCCACAAUUUCUCUAAAUCAGGACAGAAUAGAGGUGUUCUGAGCCCAUGGCAUUGCCAUGGUGGCCCUAGUUCCUGGGGAAGUUCCAGACUUGGGGCCUCAUAUGACUCCUUGGCUAAUGCAGUACUAGAUAAUUGUAUAGCAUUAGACUGCCUCUUAGCAGAACAGGGAGGAGGAGAGUGUGCAGUUAUUAAUUCCUCUUGCUGUACCUGAAUAAAUACCUCAGGGGAAACAGGAAGUUAACAUUAGGAAGGUUCAUGCCCAAGCCUCUUGGUUCCACACUUUUAAUCAGCAGCCAUACUUUUUUUUUUUUUUUUUUUUUUUGAGACAGAGUCUCGUUCUGUUGCCCAGGUUGGAGUGCAGUGGGGCACGAUCUGGGCUCACUGCAACCUCUACCUCCUGGGUUCUAGCGAUUUUUCUGCCUCACCUUCCUGAGUAGCUGGGACUACAGGUGCACACCACCACACCUGCCUAAUUUUUGUAUUUUUAGUAGGGACGGAGUUUCACCAUGUUGCCCAGGCUGAUCUUGAAUUCAGGGUGAUCCGCCCACCUCGGCCUCGCAAAGUGCUGGGAUUACAGGGGUGAGCCACCACACCAGGCCUAAUAGCCAUACUUCUAACUCUAUUUGAGAAGUUCUCAAAUUAGCAAUACCAAGUGUUACUUGGUUUCUUCCCCUAAUGAGGCCACUAAUUUUAUUGCUCUUAGUACUGUUGUUUGGUCCCUGCAUCUUUAACCUCUUCGUAAAAUUUGUAUCUUCCAGAUUAGAAAAAUUUCAACUGUAGGUGCCUUUGCAACCUAUCCUGGGAGACCCUAAAACAUAUUUAGUUUUAGUGCCUAGAGAUUUUCACUCCUCUAACAUCUCUGGAUACAGUGUCCUUGGUCAACAUGAAGAAGUUACAGAAGAACGCUUUCUGAUCCUGGCCCCUAAAGAAUUUACUUGUGCUAAGUAAUAAAAUUCCUAUUGAUCAAAACCUG